CUGUUGCAUUUCUCCUCUCAGAAUCUGCAAAUUUGACAAAAAAAUGUCACAAGGAGACACAAUACCUCUUAACUCGACAUCCCAACCGGACAUUGAUGAAAUCAAAAACCUCAUUUAUUCCCAUCCUUCUACUGUCCUUCUAGCUCGCCCUCCUUCUCCUCCUCGUGCUGCCAUCCCUAUUUCUUAUUCUCCUUUCAUGCCUUCCAAUAUUCGCCCUCCACCUCCCCCUACCGCCAAUCAGAAGAGGACACACGUCCCUUCCGUUCCCGCUCCUCCUCCGCUGCCUUCAUCAGCUCAACAGUCCAAUAUAGCCGCUAUGGGAUUCGGAUCUCCGCCAAAUACGCUUACGGAGCCUGUUUGGGAAAACGUCAAAAUAGAUCUCUCCAGAAUUAUUAGCAAUUUGAAGUUGGUGGUUUUCCCUAAUCCGUAUAGAGAAGAUCCGGAGAAAGCGCUUCGGGAUUGGGAUCUCUAGGGUCCUUUCUUCUUCAUUGUCUUCCUUGGUCUCACCUUGUCCUGGUCUGCUUCUGUU